GGGUCGGAUCUAAUUUAGAUGGUGUGAGUGGCUAAGAUUUGUCUGUUACAAUACUCGAAAACUUUGACUUUAUCAGAUUUAAUUUAUUACUUUUUAGCUCCCUAGUCAGACAUGUAGCAGGGGGUUAAAAACCAUAAAAACAACUCCAACAAAAAAUUCAAUGAAACAAUUGAAGAUUUACUCCUAAUAAUCAAGUUAUAUUGACAUCUGACAGAUGGAAGCACAGCAUUUAGUUUAGGUAGUCUGCCAGUUAGGAAGUGUACAAAGUCAGGGAGUGAUGACUGACCGCUUCAUUGUGGAGAGUGAAAGGCCAACAGAAAUCUGCACUUGUUGGGGAACAGAAAAUAGAGUGACUCUGCCACUGAUCUUUACUGUCAAGAACAGAGUUAACUUUGCAGAUUGGCUGAACACAGAGCAUCUGAUUUACUGAAUUCUUUGCAUUUACCAUAUUUAACAGCGUACCUGACGUUAUUGCUGAACUUGGCAUUUGUUGGAUUGCUAUCGAGUUGAGGAAUAGGAAUGCAAAGUCAAAUAUUCCAUGGGAAUUUUCCUGUUACCUGCCUGCACUUUCAUUUGGACCCUUGAAUGACCGUUGAACAGACGCUUGAGACCUGCAAGUAAUCAUCAGAUCCUAGCAGAACCAUAAGGCCUUUCCUUUGUUUGGGGAGGAGAUAGCCCGUAUGCUGUGGAAAUGAACGGGGAGCAGCAGCUUGAUGCAGAUACUGGAUCUGGUGUGGAAGAAGUGGAAUUAAGCUGGGAAGAUUACCUAGAAGACACAGGAUCCACAGCAGUUCCCUAUGGGUCUUUUAAACAUGUGGACACACGUCUGCAGAAUGGAUUUGCUCCUGGGAUGAAACUGGAGGUGGCUGUGAAGGCAGAUCCUGAAACCUACUGGGUUGCCACUGUCAUUACCACCUGCGAGCAGUUGCUCCUCCUCCGCUAUGAUGGCUAUGGGGAGGACCGGAAAGCAGACUUCUGGUGUGACAUCAGGAAGACAGACCUCUACCCCAUUGGGUGGUGUGAGCAGAAUAAGAAGACCCUCGAAGCCCCGGAAGGCAUCAGAGAUAAAGUGUCUGACUGGGCUGCGUUUCUGCGGCAGACCCUCACGGGAGCAUGCAGUCCCCCUGUCCCGCUGCUAGAGGGCCUUCGUAACGGGAGGAAUCCUUUAGAUCUCAUUGCUCCAGGUUCCCGGCUAGAAUGUCAAGCUUUCCAGGACUCUUUAAGCACUUGGAUUGUUACUGUAGUAGAAAACAUUGGGGGAAGACUGAAGCUGCGGUACGAAGGACUUCAAAGCUCUGACAAUUUUGAACACUGGUUGUAUUACUUGGAUCCGUUUCUUCAUCACAUUGGUUGGGCCACUCAACAGGGAUAUGAGCUUCAGCCCCCAUUAGCCAUCAGACAUCUGAAAAAGGAAGCCGAGUGGCAAGAGAUCGUGGCCAAAGUGAGAGAGGAAGAGGAAGAGCCAUUACCGUCUUACUUAUUUAAGGACAAACAAGUGAUUGGCACUCAUGCUUUCUCUGUAAACAUGAAAUUAGAAGCUGUGGACCCCUGGGCUCCUUUUGGGAUCUCUCCUGCGACUGUUAUUAAGGUUUUUGAUGAGAAGUACUUCCUGGUGGAAAUGGAUGAUUUGCGACCAGAGACUCACGCCCGGCGGUCUUUUGUGUGCCACGGCGACAGUCCUGGUAUUUUCCCCGUGCAGUGGAGUCUGAAGAAUGGUUUACACAUCAGCCCCCCUCCUGGCUACCCGAGCCAGGACUUUGACUGGGCCGACUACCUCAAACAGUGUGGUGCUGAAGCUGCUCCCCAGAGGUGCUUCCCUUCGUCAGUUCCUGAGCAUGAAUUUAAGGAGAACAUGAAGCUUGAGGCAGUGAACCCUCUUCUGCCCGAAGAAGUGUGCAUUGCCACCAUCACCGCAGUGAGAGGCGCCUACCUGUGGCUCCAGCUGGAAGGUUCUAAGAAGCCCAUACCUGAGUGUAUUGUGAGUGUGGAGUCCAUGGAUAUAUUUCCUUUGGGCUGGUGUGAAACCAACGGCCACCCCCUCAGCGCUCCCCGCCGAGCACGAGUAUAUAAACAGAGGAAAAUUGCAGUGGUUCCACCAGAAAAACAAAUCCCAUCCUCGAGGGCUGUCCAUGAGGGCCUGAAGAAUCAGGAGCUGAACUCCGCAGACUCAGUUAUGAUUAACGGAAAAUAUUGCUGUCCAAAGAUAUACUUCAACCACCGUUGCUUCUCAGGGCCAUAUCUUAACAAAGGAAGAAUCGCUGAGCUGCCUCAAUGUGUGGGACCUGGGAACUGUGUUCUGGUCCUCAGAGAGGUCCUCACUUUACUUAUCAAUGCAGCCUACAAACCCAGUCGCGUCCUUCGGGAGCUGCAGCUGGACAAGGACUCUGUGUGGCAUGGAUGUGGGGAAGUCCUAAAAGCCAAAUACAAAGGAAAGAGUUAUCGGGCUACCGUUGAGAUAGUGAAAACAGCCGAUCGGGUGACUGAAUUCUGCCGGCAAACCUGUAUCAAACUGGAAUGCUGUCCUAACCUCUUCGGGCCGCGGAUGGUUCUAGAUAAAUGUUCUGAGAACUGCUCUGUACUCACAAAGACCAAAUACACACACUAUUACGGAAAGAAGAAAAAUAAAAGAAUCGGGAGGCCGCCUGGUGGGCAUAGUAAUUUAGCGUGUGUCCUGAAGAAAGCCAGUAAGAGGAGAAAGAGACGGAAGAAUGUUUUUGUUCAUAAGAAGAAACACUCGUCAACAUCUGUUGAUAAUACCCCAGCGGGCUCUCCCCAGGGAAGUGGGGGUGAAGAUGAGGAUGACCCAGAUGAAGGGGAUGAUGAUUCCCUCAGUGAGGGCAGUAUAUCUGAGCAGCAGGACGAGCUACAGGAAGAGUCCGAAAUGUCAGAGAAGAAGUCAUGCUCCUCCUCUCCCACUCAGAGUGAGAUAUCCACGUCGCUGCCUCCAGACAGCGACAGGAGGAAAAGGGAGCUGCGCACUUUUUCCUUCUCUGAUGAUGAGAAUAAACCUCCUUCGCCAAAGGAAAUAAGAAUUGAAGUUGCUGAAAGGCUUCAGCUGGACAGUAACCCCCUGAAGUGGAGCGUGGCGGAUGUCGUGCGGUUCAUCAGAUCCACUGACUGUGCUCCACUAGCAAGAAUAUUCCUAGACCAGGAGAUUGAUGGGCAGGCCCUGUUGCUUCUUACCCUUCCCACUGUUCAGGAGUGCAUGGAGUUAAAAUUGGGCCCCGCCAUUAAACUUUGCCAUCACAUAGAGAGGAUCAAGUUUGCUUUUUAUGAGCAGUUUGCCAACUGAGAAGGACAACCAAAGUGAACUGGAUCUUUGAAGCACAAAUGCAGCGAAUCCUUCACCCCGCUCUAGAAGUGGAGCUGAAAUGGUCCUGGGCUCUGGGCCCUGCAGGUGUCGCUUGCUCUCUUUGCACUUUCAGGGAAGGAGGACCCACACUGAGGAAGCAAAAACUGUGCACAGAAGUGGCUCUUCUGCCAGCGGAGAUGUGGGCAUCUAUCGUUCAGCAGAUUGCAGUUUUGAAAAAAUAAAGCCUAUGAGGAAAAGACUCAUAUAAGAAGAAUAAGCAUUUCCAGUGGUGUGGGCUGAAAACGAAGAAGACUCUAGGCUGGAAAGCACCCUUCUGGUUGUUUUCUUUUCAUCCUGUUCCUUCCCAUUGUAGAUUGAACUUUGUUCUCUGCUUUCUCUUGCUUGGAAAGAGAGGACGUAGCUUUAAGACAGCACUGAUCUGGGACUGUGCCUGAGGCACAUCAGUGCUUCGUUGUCAUUGUGUUUUUAAGCUUUUUAAAUUAAAACAGUUCAUUUUGGGGAUGA